CUUUAUCCAGCUUAGAUAUGGAGUCUCGACAACUGUAUCGUCAUUGACGAUCGCAACUUAUGUGUUCGGAUACGGCGUCGGAGCCCUAUUGUUCUCACCUUUAAGUGAGAUCGAGUCUGUCGGUCGCAAUAUACCGUACAUCUCCAGUCUGGCCUGUUUCGUGCUUGACUCGAUGGCUGCAGCCAUGUGUGACAGAUUCGCUGGUCUGAUCGUACUCCGAUUUGCACAAGGUGUAUGCGGCUCUCCAGCUCUCGCGACUGGAGCUGCCUCGCUGCAAGAUAUGCUUGAANGUGCGAUAUUUACCAUUCGCCUUCCUCGGAUGGAUGGGUGCUGCCACUUUGGGGCCAGAUGGCGUCUACCCAUGUGGCUGCUCUGUUACUUGUCAGCAUUCGUGCUGGUCAUCCUUGCAAUUGCCCUUCCUGAGACGUAUCUUGCAAAACGACAGCACGACCUGAAGCAACAAUCUGCUUUACGGGUAGCAGAGCAAAACAUUAAUGCAGAACCCUGGACAUCGAUCAGCUCAGUCCUACGGCGGCAUCUUUGGUGCCCAAUAAAGAUUAUGGUAACAGAACCCGCAGUCGCUUUCGCCAAUAUUUAUACAUGUUUGAUCUACGGUCUGUACUAUACCUUUUUUGAGUGUAUCUCGAAAGUCUACCUCGAGACAUACAAGUUUACAUAUCGUGAUAUGGGUCUGAGUUUCCUGAGCAUCUCGGUUGGAGCGGUUGUGGGUGGUCUUCUGCUCUGCCCAUGGACAAUGGAAUGGAUGCGUUCGGCAGCUCAGGACUGUCCAAGCCUCAAACCGGUUCGGAGCCUUGUGCCGGGAUUGUACGCCUCUGUCACGAUGCCAGCGAGUCUUCUGCUCUUUGGUAAGUCUCAUGAGCACAAUGAAAUUCUCCGACUCAAGCUGAACAUGAUUUGCAUUNNAGCAUGGACCUCCCGGAUGGACAUCCACUGGACAGUACCGCUGAUUGGCAUCGCGGGAUAUACAGCUAGCAUGUUCGCCAUUUUGCAAAGCCUAGCGAUGUACCUGAUUCUGGUUCACCCUAAAGACUCAGCGUCCCUCUUCGCAGGCAACGAUUUUAUGCGAGCAACGACCGCAGCAGCAGCAGUCCUUGCAAGCCAUCCUCUGCCUAUUUUGGCUGUAUAG